AUGGCGAAUCCCAACAACCAAAAUGUAUCCACUCCUAUCUUUAAUGGUGAAAAUUUUGAUUUUUGGUAUGUGAAAAUGAGAACUAUUUUUGUCUAUACGGAGCUUUGGGAUCUUGUUGAGAAUGGGUUCGAGGAACCUGAAGAAGAAGAAGCUUUGACAAAUCCCCAAAAGAACCAAUUAAAAGAGCAAAAGAAGAAGGAUUCAAAGGCUCUCUCUUUUAUUCAACAAGGAGUUUCAGAAGCAAUCUUUCCAAGAAUUAUCAAUGCAACAAAAGCGAAUGAGGCAUGGGAUAUUCUUCAGAAAGAGUAUAGAGGCAACUUGAAGAAAUACAAUCCCAUUGUUGCUGUCAUUGAAGAAACUAAAGAUCUUGCUGAUUUGAGUAUUAAAGAAUUGAUGGGUUCAAUUAAAGCAUUUGAGCAAAGGUUGAGUAGGCAAUCUGAAAAGUCAAUUAAAAGUGUCUUUCAAUCCAAGCUCAAUGUUAGUACCUCUAAUUCCCAAGGAAGAGGAAGAGGAGGAGGAAGAAAUGCAACCGGAAGACCAAAAUGUUACAAUUGCAACAAAUUUGGGCAUGUCAAGAAGGAUUGCCUAGUCAAGAGCACUCAACAAGCUAAUUUUUCUGAGGAGCAAGAAAGUGAAGGGCACAUGUUCUAUGCUUGUCACAAGGCAUCGGAUCAAACCAAGGAUGUAUGGUUUCUCGAUAGCGGAUGUAGAAAUCACAUGACAGGAGAUGAAAGCAUUUUUGUAAAAAUGGAUGCUUCCUCCAGUCCUCAAGUAAAAAUGGAGAAUGGUGCCUUAGUCUAA